AUGUCAUCAAAUGUUACUAUUGCAGUAGAAAAGAUUGCUGAAUCAACUACAAACAACAAUGGGUUUGAAGUUGAUCCUGCUAUUGCAGUGUAUCAACUAACAGACCCGCUACUAAAAUUUUCAUGGUAUCCUGAAUCUGAAUCCCUAUAUCUAAAGCAUUUGCAUGAAAUUGCGUUCUCCUUUGCCUUUUAUUUGUUCAUCCAUAUAUUCAUAGCACCAUAUCUAAAUCAUCUAAUAUUUGGCAAGAAUUAUACAUCUAUUCAAAAUAGAAAAUCAAAAAUGGAUUUUGAUGUCCAUAUAGUAUCCAUGUUUCAAGCAUUUAUCUCAGUGGCCAUCGUAUUACCUGUUAUUAGAUUACCAGUUGACUUAAACGUGGCAACGUUUCAAAAUGAAUGGUGUUCUAUGGUAAGUUCUGUAAGUGUUGGUUAUUUCAUCUGGGAUUUUAUCGUCUGUGUUUCAAACUAUAAUAUAUAUGGGCUUGAAUUCCUAGCCCAUGCAAUUGGAUCAUUGUAUUGUAUUGGUAUUAGUUUAUAUCCAUUUGUUCAAAAUUGGGUUCCAAAAUUUUUGAUAGUGGAAGCUAGUACACCAUUUGUUAAUGUCAAUUGGUUUAUUUCUCAAUUGCUCAGAUACAAGGUUAAGGUUCCCGUUUGGCUGAACGUUAUCAAUGGGGUUUUAUUGAUGACUGUGUUUUUCUCUAUUAGAAUUGUUUGGGGGUUCACAGCAAUUGGUUAUCUAUCAAAGCAAAUUUGGAUUACAAGAUAUCAAGUCCCUAUUGUACAUACCUUUUUGAUACUCCUAUUAAACACUCUUUUCAAUUGUUUGAAUCUAUUUUGGUUCUCAAAAAUGAUUAGAAUUGUCAAAAAGAUGGCCAUGGGUAGCAAGAAAGAGACUAAAUCUUCCAAGAGAGAUUGA